AUGGCACAACAAACAACCCCAGCUCACUCACAACAGAGCGAGCUGGCACCACCGGGCCAAUUUGAUAUCAUGCAAGAGUCGUCCGUGAACGAGAAGGGCGAGUUUGGGACCGAAGCAGACUUCGAUACUUUCCUGAACCAAGAACACGCUAAGAGAGCCGUUUCGCCCGGGGUUGCAUCAUCGUCCUCAUCCGUCACAGUGUUCGACCCCACAAAUAGUCCGCGUGAGAGGUACUUCGACUCGGAGGACGACAUGGCAAAGGAGAACGCCCCAUUCCUGUCGAGGGAUAUCGAGAAGGAAGAGGGAAAGAAGGCUGCGCCGGAGCACGUCACCUGGAUGUCUCUGCCUCACAAGGGCCAGCUGCUCAUCUUGUUCAUGUGCCGGUUCGUCGACUUCUUGCAGGUGGCAAGUCUGCAGGCGUACGUCUUUUACCAGCUCAAGCACAUGGCCGAGCAGCGAACUAUCCAGACUGGGGGCGCAGAAGCAAUCCUCUCCGACUCUCAAAUAUCAGCACAAGCCGGUCUCCUGACAGGCUGCUUCACCGGAGCCCAGGUCCUGACCGCUAUCGCCUGGGGCAAGGCCGCCGACUCGUCGAAGUGGUGGGGAGGCCGCAAGAUGGUGCUCCUGAUCGGAACCCUGGGCACGGCCAUCGGCUGCUUCGGAUACGGCUUCUCGCAGAGCUUCGCCGCCGCCAUGGCGUGGCGCAUCUUCUCGGGCUCCAUCAACGGCCUGGUCGGCAUCAUCCGCACCAUGAUCUCCGAGAUCACCGUCGAGAGGAAGUACCAGUCCCGGGCGUUCCUCAUCCUGCCCAUGAGCUUCAACGUCGCCGGCAUCCUCGGCCCCAUCAUCGGCGGCUGGCUGGCCGACCCCGCCAUGACGCUCCCGGGCUGGUUCGGCCCGGAGGGACCGCUGUACUCGCCCAUGAUCGAGGCGUACCCCUUCGCCCUGCCGUCCAUCAUGAACGCCGUCUUCCUGCUCGUCACCUUCUUCGCCGUCUUCUUCGGCCUCGAGGAGACGUCCAAGGGCAAGAAGAACUCGUUCGACCCGGGCCUGUACGCCGUCGCGCGCGCAAAGGCCUUUGUGCUGCGCCGGCCCCUCGACUACGUCUACCACUCGCGCACCGGCUACUCGGAGCUGCGCCUCGACGAGAAGUCCGAGAGCCCGCGGGCCGCCCCCGCCGUCGUCGAGCCCAAGAAGCGCAAGGUCCUGCCCUUCAGCCGCCUGUGGACAAAGAACGUCGUCUGCACUCUCCUCUCGCAGGCCUUCUACGACUUCCACCUCGGCGCCUUCACAAACAUCUGGUCCCUGUUCCUGUCCUCCCCGCGCCCCGGCUUCAUCCCCGCCCACGUCGAGUCCAACAUCCCCACCGCCGCCGAGAUCGAGCCCCGCGGCACAGCAGGCAUCGGCAAGCGCAACCUCCUCUGGUUCGCCGGCGGGCUGGGCAUGCCCGCGUCGACGGUCGGAAACGCCACCUCCAUCCUGGGCGUCCUGGGCAUGCUGCUGCAGGUGGUCAUGUACCCGCCCGUGCACGCGCGCCUGGGCACGCUGCGGUCGUUCCGCUACUUCCUCAUCAUCUUCCCCGUGGCGUACCUGCUGGCCCCCUUCCUGGCCGUGAUGCCGCAGUCCACGUCCGAGGACGGCACCACCACGACGUCCACCGUGCUGUGGUUCGGCAUCGUGCUCAUCCUGUUCCUGCACACAUCGGCCCGCACCAUGACCCUGCCCGCCAGCAUCAUCCUGCUCAACAACUGCAGCCCGCACCCCUCCGUGCUGGGCACCAUCCACGGCAUCGGGCAGUCCGUCUCGGCGGGCUUCCGCACCGUGGGGCCCAUCGUCGGCGGGUACUGGUACGGCGUCGGGCUGGACUGGGGCAUGGUCGCCUUCAGCUGGUGGGCCGUCGGCGCAGUCGCUGUCGGCGGCUGGGUCUCGAGCCUCAUGCUGUAUGAGGGCAGUGGCAAGGAGAUCGAGCUGGAGGAUGACGAGUAA